AGAGGGAGUCAGCUAUCACGAUGAAGAGUUGGACAAUCUUAGCCUUGCUGGUCACAAUCUGUGCUGUGUUUGUUGGUGUUGGACACACCGAAGAAACUACAGAUGAUUUCAGAGAACCAGCUUUGGAAGAUGCAGUGAAUGAGGACGAAUUGUAAGUUUCACCUUUUUUAUUCAGUUUACUAUCAAAUGUUGUUUGUUGAAAAAAUUGUUUGCAUGCAAAUAUUUGAGAUGAAAACUCAAGCUUUAAGCCGAUUGUAAGUUUGUCAUGUCUCAUUACUUAAUAUGACAAUCUCAUUAUUAAAUGAUAAAUACGCAUUGUAGCCAUAGACCGAUUCGAAAAAUGGUUUUCGUUCUUUUUUCUCCCGAUGUAUAAGCACUGCCACCUUAUAUAGAAUUCUUCAAAAAUAUCAGUUUUACAAAAUAUAAAUAUAAUACCAUUUGUUAUCUUUGAGAAAUUAAAUCUUAAAAAUUCCGCAGUUUCUGCUAGAUUUAGCAAAGAAGACUGACUCGUUUUGCUGCUAGUAUGAAAUCGUUGGGCUGUUUAUGAAACUCGUAUUGUUUUUCGACUUCACAUGAUAUAGAUCUGAUGAUGACGAUGACGGUGAUAAAGAAUCGGAUCCCAACACUUUAGUUGAAACGUAAGUGAAGUACGAUUUGUAUUAACAGCUGAAUCAUGUCAUAAGCCCCACAUACCAUAUGUAAAGGCUAGUCUCCUUUCGGGAGGGUCUUCAGGAUCGGGGUGGACGGGAGAGUUUUCAGUUUGUUUUGCGAGAUUUCGUUUGGAACCUCUGGUUUCGAACUAAAUGAAUUUAAUCAACACGAAUGACGUGAACGUCGUGAAUUUAACACAAUGAAAGCUCUCCCGCCGUUUCUGUUCAGCGGAGGAGUUCUCAGUUCAGAGGAGUUCUCCCGCCGUUUCUGUUCACCUUUACAUGCAUGUUCAAUCUGUCUCUUAGUUUACUUGACACGCCCAGUUUCAAGAAAUAGAGCCACGUUUACUCAAACUCUCUGAAGCGGUGACUAUUUUGAAUUUCGAGUUUAACAAUUCCAUUUAAUUUUUUGCUUGCCUGAAUCCUUUAGCGAGUUUGAGUUCGCGAUCUUCUAUUUGUUAUCAUGAUUACUAUUUUGGAGGUGGGUGCCCUGCAUGGGACCUUUUAUAAGAGUCCCGUUCGUACCUUACCUUUUUGGAUCUACAUUUGAUAUCUAGGUUAUUUUAACUUAAUGUAAUAUUUGUUCUGUUAUAUUCUUUUGUUUGUUAAAAAUUGUGAAUAUCGAUCCAAAUAAAAUUUGUUAAAUUAAAUUAAAUUUAAUUAAUACCAUAAUAUACCAUAUACAAUACCAAACCACACCAUAUUACACUACACUACACUACACCACACCACACCACACCCCGCCACCAUAUCAUACAUUGCCGUACUACACUUUGGCAUAUACCACAACACAGGCCAUAUACUACGCCACACCAUAACCAUGCAAUACCGUACUAAACCGCACGAUACACCAUACCACAUCACAGCAUUGCUCACCACUAAAUAAUCGCAGCCUAAGGUCAGGUAAUUCUUAUAUUCGGUAGUCAGACGGUUCAUAGCUGUUGGAAACGUUACUGCCUGUAACUUGGUUUCAACUUGACCAUAAAUUGGAUCAGUAAAAAAAAAUUUCACGACCGCAACCGAUCAUAUUUUGUCUUGAAUUUUUGGGUUCUUGGGUAUAAAGUGCAUUCAUUCUAUAGGUCACACAUUUUCUUAAAAGAUUUUAACGUUAUACCGAUAUACCGCGAUAUUUCAAAAACAUCAUAACCGGUAUUGAAAUUUCAAUACCGCCCAACUUAACUGCAAAUUCAUACUUCUUGUAAAUGCUUCUUGAAAUUAGCUAGAUUUAGAAUACACCAGUGAAAUGCUGCCUCGUCCCCAGGCGCUAAUAAAAUUUCAUGCGAGUCACUAUAUGAAAGGUUUACAUCAAGUAGUGCGUCACAUUAUAGGCGCGCAAAGGGGAGUGGAAUAUGAGCGGACGAGGCAGAGUGAAAAGGUAAAUGCCAUUAAAAUUAAUAUAUGUUCUCACAUUUUAGAAAGAACACCCUAGAGAGUGUAAAUGAGACGCCUUUAAACGCCUUCAAACGUUCACCAUGGUGGGGGCGUAGGCGUCGUCACCAUCAUCACCAUCACCACCACCACCAUCAUCAUCAUCACCAUCACCGAUAUGGAUAUGGUAAAUAGUCUUGGAGACGAAGGUAUGUGCGAAAUAUUGAUGAUUUAACUGUUUUUAUACAACCGGCCCCUGGCAUUAAGUUAAUAUGUAUAUUUUCUUCUUCCACAGAAUAUUUAAACGGCGAAAUCGUUAUCACAGCGAAAGAAGCCAAGGAAUUAAUGAAUCUUUUAACUCUCUUAUCACAUUUAAAAUUAGUGUAACUUUGGCACAAGCGUACACCUAAUCAUAAAUAUUUGUAUGUUUAGCUUUGUAAUGUUAAGUAAGGUUUUAUGUCAUAAAUAAAUUGCAUUUCCAUUU